UGAAUCUGCUCUGAGGAAGCUGCCCUGCUCUGCCCUGCCUGUGGAAUUGCCCUGAGUCAUCGCAUUGGGCUGAGGCCAUGGUUAGAAACCAUUGUGUGGCAGAGAAGGAGGCGGCCCUUCAGCCCAGGCCUAAACCAGGGAGGCCUGGGAAAGUGGGGCCAAGGGGUGGGUACAAACUGGCCAUGGCAGGGGCUCCAGGCAGGCUUGAGUCCUGGAGCUCGCCUUCCCGGAUAGCCCUGUCCCCUGCUGUCCAGGGGUCCUGGUGCACUGUGCCAGACAGAGAUCUGAGAAGGCCUUUGAGGCAGUACUGUGGGUGCCUGGGGAGGGAACGGGUGUUGGCAAGAGGGACAGCCCAGCAGGCUGACGAGCAGGGGCGGGCUUUGCUCACACCAGCUCCUGGGCGGGCUCAGGCCCAGUUUCACUUCCCGCCACUGCUGCCAGCAGCAAGAACCAGCCAGAGAGCAUUCACCCUGAGUCAUUGCUGCCUGCCUGCUGCUCGGCUCAGCGCCAGAUACCUACCAUGGGCUCGCAGGCCCUGCCCCAGGCUCCCGUGCAGACCCUCAUCUUCUUGGACCUGGAGGCCACUGGUCUGCCCUUCUCCCAGCCCAAGGUCACGGAGCUAUGCCUGCUAGCUGUCCAUAGAUGUGCCCUGGAGAGCCUUCCCAUCCCACAGGGGCCUUCUCCCACGGUGCCACCGCCUCCUCGGGUGCUGGACAAGCUCUCCCUGUGCGUGGCUCCAGGGAAGGCCUGCAGCCCUGCAGCCAGCGAGAUCACUGGCCUGAGCACAGCUGUACUGGCUGCACAUGGGCGUCAGUACUUCGAUGCCAACCUGGCCAAUCUCCUCCGAGCCUUCCUGCAGCGCCAGCCACAGCCCUUGUGCCUCGUGGCACACAACGGUGACCGCUACGACUUCCCCCUGCUCCAGGCAGAGCUGGCCAUGCUGGGCCUUGCCAGUGCUUUGGAUGACACCUUCUGUGUGGAUAGUAUUGCAGCCUUGAAGGCCCUGGAGCAAGCUGACGGCUCCUCGGAGCACGGCCCAAGGAAGAGCUACAGCCUGGGCAGCAUCUAUACACGCCUGUAUGGCCAGGCUCCACCAGACUCACACACGGCUGAGGGUGAUGUCCUAGCCCUGCUCAGCAUCUGUCAGUGGAGGCCACGGGCCUUGCUACGGUGGGUAGAUGUUCAUGCCAGGCCUUUCAGCACCGUCAAGCCGAUGUACGUGGUCACAGCCUCUACUGGAACCAACCCAAGGCCAUCUGCUGCCAAGGCCACUGUACUCCUGGCCAAAGCCAGGAACACCAGCCCCAACCUUGGUGGGGACAGAGGCCCCAAGCCCCUUUCUCCAAUGAAGAGCCCUGGAACCCCACCCAGGGAGGGACUGCUGGCCCCACUGGGCCUGCUGGCCUUCCUGACCUUGGCAGUAGCCACACUGUAUGGGCUGUCCAUAGCCAUACCUGGGCAUUAGGCCAAGGAAGGGCUGACUAAUAAAGACCCUCUCACAGCA